AUGCCAGUCCAAAAAGUCCAACUGCUGGUUCUUCUUCUCGUCUCUGCGUCCGCAAUGGGCUUCGGUCUUGACCAUUUUGAUGAUGACAAGAUCGCAGACGAAGUUAGACCUGUUGGAAGGAUGCAGAGCCGAAGGUUAUUAUUUAGAAGACAAGCCGGUUUACCGGGUGGCGGUACCGACACAUCCUUGCCGACCACUGAUCCCAAGCCCCCGAGCAAGACGCCCAAAAGCCCAGGAAAAUCCACUUCGUCCGGGACACCAGGCGUUGCGCCAAAGACCAAAGGCUCGACCAAGGCGGACAAGAACGCAGGUGCCUCUUCACCUCUGGACGACCCCACGGGCAACAAUCCGGUCGAUCCAUCCACCCCACCAACUACUCCGUCCACCCCAUCAUCCGCAGACGUAUCCAAUAGCCCGCCCUUGAAUAACGGCGGCAAAGCUCCUCAGACAGACAAGCCUAAAAAGACCCCAGAGGAAAAGGAACAGGAACGCCUACAGAAGAUCACUAAACAAAAGGCAAAGAUUGCUGAGUUGAAGAAGACUCUCCAGAAGGAAGAGGCCAAACUCAAGAAACUCGAAUCAAAUGGCAAGAAGGGGAAGGAUGGCUCCGACGGAUCCCAGGACACUCCCAAGAAGGAGAAGGCCGGAAACACGGGCUCGUCUUCAGACAAGCAGCCUCCCAAAGACAAAGCUGCCGGUUCGGACUCGUCUCUGACCAACAAGCAGAAGGUCGCGGGAAGUCCUGACAUGUCUCCUGACAAUCAGUCCUCAUUUGGUAACAACCCCAUUCCCUCGGGCAAGGGAAAGAUGUCCGGCUAG